ACAUCAUUCCUCAGGUCAGUCAUCUAAGCAUCCUGCUCUCAAAAUCAUGGAAUCUGCCAUUAACGUGCUGAUUUCCCAGUUCAAGACUUACGCUGGAAAGGAUGGCUCUGCCUACACAUUGAGCAAAGAAGAAUUUAAAAGCUUGCUUACAUCCCAGCUCCCAAAUCUUGUGAAGAAUGCUUCUGACCCAGCCGUGGUUGACCAGCUCAUGAGCUCAUUGGAUGCUAAUAAUGAUGGGGAGCUGACCUUCCUGGAAUUCUGGCAGCUGAUUGGCAAUCUGGCAAACAAGCAUGGCGGUUUCGCCCAAUGAAGAGCUGUAAUGUCAUUUUAUGAUUAUACAAAAAUAAUAGUCCAUUUUGAAACUAUUGUGUUACUUGUAUCCUGUUACUUCCUGUUAAACAUGGAUGACACUAAAUAAAAGAAACCGCUGUUAAUGGGC